AUGUCCGAAGGAGAAGAUAUUUUAUACGAAGUUAGAGAGAAAGUUACCAUCAUCACUUUCAAUAUUCCAAAGAAGUUGAAUGCAUUGAACGGUGACCAGUAUUUGUUGUUAGCCAAAUUGGUUGAAAGAGCAGACAGGGAAGAAGAUACUGUUAUGACAUUAAUACAAUCGACAGGAAGAUAUUUCAGUGCCGGAGCUAAUAUUGCUGACAAGGGUUUGUCGAACGUGGAUCCGGAGCAUCUUUUCAGUCAUGAAUACUGGUUAGAUAAGUUUGUGGCCAGAAACGUGUAUUUGACCGAUUUAUUCCACAAUCAUACGAAGAUUUUAGCUGCUGCAGUCAAUGGGCCUGUAAUUGGGUUAUCUGCCGCCAUGUUAGCCUUGUGUGACUUGGUUUAUGUCAUGGAUGAAACUAAGUUCUUCUUGUUAGCACCAUUUUCCAAUUUGGGAUUGGUUGCUGAAGGUGCUGCCAGUGCAACAUUAUUUUUGAGAUUGGGCUGGUCCAAGUCUGCUGAAGCUUUAUUAUUGGCAAGACCAAUUCCAGGUACCGAAUUGAACAAGUUAGGAUUCAUCAACAAGAAUUACGGUGAUGUUAAGUUCGAUUCUGUCGAGCAAUUCAAUAAAAGAGUGCACGAUGACUUGGUCAGUCAAUUCCAAGGUUUAUACGAACCCUCCAUAUUUGCUAACAAACAAUUGUUGAAGGCUAAUAGAGACCAAUUAAUCAACAGUGCCAACUCUAGAGAAGUCAUUAAGGGUUUCAAUAGAUGGGUAAAGGGUGUUCCUCAAGAAAGAUUUAUGAAAUUGUAUCAAAAGGAUAUCCAACACAAGAUGUAA